AUGCGCGGAGGGGUGGCCAGGAGCCGCUUUGACGGGGAGGAGGGCGAAGAGUGUAAGGGGGCGGAGGGGCGAUGUGCCUCUUUCUUAGCACUUAGCGGUGUCCAGAACACACUUUUUCCCAAAUGGCCUCUGCCCACAGACACCGAGGUAGACUCUAUUCGUGUGCACACUCCCCUUCCUUGGCCACUCCCCUUCCUCCACCCUCUUCGGGCUCUCACACUUGCCCCCGCCCCUGGGGACACCUGCUCGUGCGGGGCAGGGCGGGGAUGCGCAGCCGCGGCCCCUUCUGCUCUCCCCCUCCCCGCCUCGCCCCUCCCUCCAUCCUUCACCCGCUCCCCGGCGCCCGCCCCGCCCGCCCCGCCCGCCCGCCGCUCCGGGGGGGUCUCCGCCGCCGCCGCCGCCGGAAGGAGCCGCCAUUUGCCACCGCCGAGCGCACGGGCCGAGCCAAGCCUGAUCCCGGAGCCGGAGGGGGACUGGGACCGGGAGGACGGCGAUGGGGGGCGGCCCCGCCGCAGGAGGACCCGGGCGCGUAACCCCGGGGGCCCGGCCCGCUCCGGACCCAGACCCGCGGGGUGCGGCACCCUGAGCCCCCCUCCCCGCCUCCUGCCCUGGCCAUGGCCGCCCACCCCGCCGCCCCCGGGCCGCCAGCCCCCUCGGCCCCGUAAGCACCGGAGUCCCGGCUGUGACAGCAGUGAACGGCGGUCGCAGGCCCGGAAGACCCCGGCCCGGCUCGGCUCUCCAGCGCGCGCCCCCUUCCCAGCCUUGUCCUCUCCCCUCCCCCCGCCGCCAGCGAGCCCCCCUUGCACGCCGCCCCCCGCCCCAGCGCCC